GAAGUUAUUUUUAUGUAAAUAACUUUGAGAUCCGCAAGAAAGCAAAUCGGACUAAAUUGUUUCUAGUAAUUUUUCUCACAUUUGCUAAAAAACUCAGGAGUUAUCUAGACAACAUGAGAUUCUUAACAAAUCACUACAUUGAUUGACUCUAAUUAAAACACUGAGGGUUCAACAACAUAUUUUUUUCCUGAGGGAAUUUUUCAUUUUUUUUUUUUAAAUCCGACCAUGACCAAGAAAAAGAAAUGGCUCAGAAUUUUUUAGCAAUAGCUAAGUUUCAGAGGACAUUUGAUAAGGAACUGAGACUCUCCUAGAAAUAACCUCCUCAAGAAAUAUUGAAAACUUAGUAUUUAAAUAGAUAAAAUGCUGAUGUGUCAUAGGGUUGACCCUGAUACCAAAAUAAAGAAAAUAGAGCGCUGAAGAUAACAGUUUAUGAGAUUUGUUUUCAUAUGAAUUAUUAUUAGAAACCUUAUUUAGGCUAGCAAACAGCUGAAAUUUUCAUCAAAAUUAUUGGAGAUCAAUAAAUUAGAGAAAGCAAAAUAAAAUGUAUGGUCUGUAAUAGAAAUUAAAUUCUUGAAAUUUACCAAAGCUUCUCAAUGAAAACAAAUCUAUCUAAAAUACUUUCUUUGUUCCUGUUUACAUUAUUUUAAUUUGGUGAUCUUGAGUUGAUGAUACAAAACUAACAGCAUUAGAGUAUUAAUGAAGAGAAAUUAAAUUGUAAUUAUAAACUAAUCCUGAGCAUGCAGUUCUAUAAUCAGUGUAAAAUGUACUCCUCCCAGCUGACAUUGAUUCUGUCACUAGUAGAAUAAAAAGUUUUUCUUACAGUUUUUUCUAUACCUUGGAGCUAAAUCCCUAACUAUAUAUUUAAAAGCUUUUAUAUUUAACAAAUAUCUUUAUAUUUGUGGAGUAUCUAAAGGUACUUGUCACAGUGGAUUCAUAUGAGGCAUGUCAUUAACAACAGCAACAAAAUCUGUGAGUAUAUGAAGCACAUUUUUUCCAGAGCCGUCAGGACUGUAGCUGCCUUUGCAUCAGCAAUUCUGAUUAUUGUAAUUGUCAUAAUAUGGCAAGUAUAAACAAGUAAAGGAUCUGACUUUAGAAAUUUCAAGUUUUUAAAUAAUUUUCCUUCUUCCCCAUGUUAUUUCCUAACUUGUCUCUUUGUUCUAAAGUUCUGUGCUUUGCUUUUUUAACUGUAAGACAUGAGAAUGUAAGUAUCAUUUUUAAUUUCCACCAGGCUAGAAAAUGAAAUUCUUUAGCAUCAUUUGCUUCCUAUGUGCUGGGUUUUCUUCCUACCUCUUAGGAUUAUGUUGCGUGCAAGAGAAGAACGGGCACUGUUGUGAGAGUUUUAUUUCCCACUUUGUCCCUCGCCCAAUGUGAGUUUGUAAAUAUCUAGCCUCCUUGUAUGUCCCUUUCCUCUUCUGUUGUACAAUUCCUUCUUGCUAUAAAAUUUUAAGCUAGCUAAUUUUUAAAAUAAAAUUAUCCCUGAGAGACAAAAAGAGAUUCUUCAGAAAACCUGUCGUGAAGGGCUUUUUGUCCCCUCCUGCUGACUUUCUGAAGCUUUCUGUCUGAAAAGGGCGGUGCUGCUGGUGGUGGUGAUAGCGCUUAUUCUGCAUUUGGGUUCAUCUGGUUUUGUAAGUACUUUUAUGAACAUUGAUUCAUACUUUGUGAGAUAUUUUGAACAGAAUGGGCUUGACAGUUUCAAAACAUCUUUUGUAGAUUAAAAGGUGUAAGGAGACUUCCGAACAUGGGGCAUAUUCAGAUCUGCUUCAGCGUCAGAAGGCAACAAUGCUUGAGAAUAGCAAACUGACAGGAAAGAUAAGUGAGCUGGAAAGAAUGCUGGCCGAACUAAAGAAACAAAAGUCCCGAGUCGAGGAAGAACUUCCGAAGGUCAGGGAGGCUGCAGAAAAUGAAUUGAGAAGGCAGCAGAGAAAUGUAGAAGAUAUCUCUCUGCAGAAGAUAAGGGCUGAAAGUGAAGCCAAGCAGUACCGCAGGGAACUGGAGACCAUUGUGAGAGAGAAAGAAGCUGCCCAAAGGGAACUGGAGCGGGUGAGGCAGCUCACCAUAGAGGCCGAGGCCAAAAGAGCUGCCGUGGAAGAGAACCUCCGGAAUUUUCGGAAUCAGCUGGAGGAAAACACCUUUACCAGAAGAACACUGGAAGAUCAUCUUAAAAGAAAAGAUUUAAGUCUUAAUGAUUUGGAGCAACAAAAAAAUAAAUUAACGGAAGAAUUAAGAAGAAAGAGAGACAAUGAGGAAGAACUCUUGAAGCUGGUAAAGCAGAUGGAAAAAGACCUUGCAUUUCAAAGACAGGUAGCAGAGAAACAGUUGAAAGAAAAGCAGAGAAUUGAAUUGGAAGCAAGAAGAAAAAUAACUGAAAUUCAGUAUUCAUGUAGAGAAAAUGCAUUGCCAGUGUGUGGGGUCACACCGGCUAUGUCAUGCAGGGCAGUGACAGGCCUUCAGCAAGAACAUGGCAAACAGAAAGCGGAAGAACUCAAACAGCAGGUGGAUGAACUAACAGCUGCCAAUAGAAAGGCUGAACACGACAUGAGAGAGCUGACAUAUGAACUUAAUGCCCUCCAGCUUGAAAAAUCAUCAUCUGAGGAAAAGGCCCGUUUGCUAAAAGAUAAACUAGAUGAAACAAAUAAUACACUCAGGUGCCUUAAAUUGGAGUUGGAAAGGAAGGAUCAGGCAGAGAAAGGAUAUUCUCAACAACUCAGAGAGCUUGGUAGGCAGUUGAACCAAACCACAGGUAAAGCAGAAGAAGCCAUGCAAGAAGCUGAUGAUCUCAAGAAAAUAAAGCACAAUUAUCAGUUAGAAUUAGAAUCUCUUCAUCAUGAAAAAGGGAAACUGCAAAGAGAAGUAGACAGAAUCACAAGGGCACAUUCUGCAGCUGAGAAGAGUAUUCAGCAUUUAAAUUCACAAAUUCAUUCUUUUAAGGACCAGAAGGAAUUAGAAAGACUACGAAUCUGCCAGAGAAAAUCAAAUCAUCUAAAAGAACAAUUUGAGAAAAGCCAUGAGCAGUUGCUUCAAAAUAUCAAAGCUGAAAAAGAAAAUAAUGAUAAAAUCCAGAGGCUUAAUGAAGAAUUGGAGAAAAGUAAUGAGUGUGCAGAGAUGUUAAAACAAAAAGUAGAGGAGCUUACUAGGCAGAAUAAUGAAACCAAAUUAAUGAUGCAGAGAAUUCAGGCAGAAUCAGAAAAUAUAGCUUUAGAGAAACAAACUAUCCAGCAAAGAUGUGAAACACUGAAAAUUCAGGCAGAUGGUUUUAAAGAUCAGCUGCGCAGCACAAACGAACACUUGCAUAAACAGACAAAAACAGAGCAGGAUUUUCAAAGAAAAAUUAAAUGCCUAGAAGAAGACCUGGCAAAAAGUCAAAAUUUAGUGAGUGAAUUUAAGCAAAAGUGUGACCAACAGAACAUUAUCAUCCAGAAUACUGAGAAAGAAGUUAGAAAUCUGAAUGCGGAGCUGAAUGCUUCCAAGGAAGAGAAGCGACGCGGGGAGCAGAAAGUUCAGCUACAACAAGCUCAGGUGCAAGAGUUAAAUGACAGGUUGAAAAAAGUACAAGACGAAUUGCACUUAAAGACUAUAGAGGAGCAGAUGACCCACAGAAAGAUGGUUCUCUUUCAGGAAGAAUCUGCUAAAUUCAAACAGUCAGCAGAGGAGUUUCGGAAGAAGAUGGAAAAAUUAAUGGACUCCAAAGUCAUCACUGAAAAUGAUAUUUCGGGUAUUAAGCUUGACUUUGUGUCUCUUCAACAAGAAAACUGCAGAGCUCAAGAGAAUGCUAAGCUUUGUGAAACAAACAUUAAAGAACUUGAAAGACAGCUUCAACAGUAUCGUGAACAAAUGCAACAAGGGCAGCACGUGGAAGCAAAUCAUUACCAAAAAUGUCGGAAACUGGAGGAUGAGCUGAUAGCCCAGAAGUGUGAAGUUGAAAACCUGAAGCAAAAAAUGGACCAGCAGAUCAAAGAGCAUGAACAUCAGUUAGUGUUGCUCCAAUGUGAAAUUCAAAAAAAGAACAUGGCCAAAGACUGUACCUUCAAACCAGAUUUUGAGAUGACAGUGAAGGAGUGCCAACACUCUGGAGAGGUGUCCUCUAGAAACACUGGACACCUUCACCCAACACCCAGAUCCCCUCUGUUGAGAUGGACUCAAGAACCUCAGCCAUUGGAAGAGAAGUGGCAACAUCGGGUUGAACAAAUACCAAAAGAAGUCCAAUUCCCGCCACCAGGGGCUCCACUCGAGAAAGAGAAAAGCCAGCAGUGUUACUCUGAGUACUUUUCUCAGACAAGCACUGAGUUACAGAUAACUUUUGAUGAGACAAACCCUAUUACAAGACUAUCUGAAAUUGAGAAGAUAAGAGACCAGGCCAUGAACCAUUCUAGACCACCUGUGAAGUAUCAAGAGAACGCAUGUGAAAUGGAACUAGUGAAGCUUUUGACACCCUUAGAGAUAGCUAAGAACAAGCAGUAUGAUAUGCAUACAGAAGUCACAACAUUAAAACAAGAAAAGAACCCAGUUCCCAGUGCUGAAGAAUGGAUGCUUGAAGGGUGCAGAGCAUCUGGUGGACUCAAGAAAGGGGAUUUCCUUAAGAAGGGUUUAGAACCAGAGACCUUCCAGAACUUUGAUGGUGAUCAUGUAUGUUCAGUCAGGGAUGAUGAAUUUAAAUUCCAAGGGCUUAGGCACACUGUGACUGCGAGGCAGUUGGUGGAAGCUAAGCUUCUGGACAUGAGAACAAUUGAGCAGCUGCGACUCGGUCUUAAGACGGUUGAAGAAGUUCAGAAAACUCUUAACAAGUUUCUGACGAAAGCCACCUCAAUUGCAGGGCUUUACCUAGAAUCUACAAAAGAAAAGCUUUCAUUUGCCUCAGCGGCCAAGAGAAUCAUAGUAGACAAAAUGAUGGCUUUGGCAUUUUUAGAAGCUCAGGCUGCAACAGGCUUUAUAAUUGAUCCCAUUUCAGGUCAGACAUAUUCCGUUGAAGAUGCAGUUCGUAAAGGAGUUGUUGACCCCGAAUUCAGAAUUAGGCUUCUUGAGGCAGAGAAGGCAGCUGUAGGAUAUUCAUAUUCUUCUAAGACAUUGUCAGUGUUUCAAGCUAUGGAAAACAGAAUGCUUGACAGACAAAAGGGUAAACAUAUCUUGGAAGCCCAGAUUGCCAGUGGGGGUGUCAUUGACCCUGUGAGAGGCAUUCGUGUUCCUCCAGAAAUUGCUCUGCAGCAGGGGUUGUUGAAUAAUGCCAUUUUACAGUUUUUACAUGAGCCAUCCAGCAACACAAGAGUUUUCCCUAAUCCCAACAACAAGCAAGUUCUGUAUUACUCAGAAUUACUGAGAAUGUGUGUAUUUGAUGUAGAGUCCCAAUGCUUUCUGUUUCCAUUUGGGGAGAGGAACAUUUCUAAUCUCAAUGUCGAGAAAACUCAUAGAAUUUCUGUAGUAGAUACUAAAACAGGGGCAGAAUUGACUGCGUAUGAGGCUUUCCAGAGAAACCUGAUUGAGAAAAGUAUAUAUCUUGAACUUUCAAGUCAGCAAUAUCAGUGGAAGGAAGCUACAUUUUUUGAAUCCUAUGGGCAUUCUUCUCAUAUGCUGACUGAUACUAAAACGGGAUUACACUUCAAUAUUAAUGAGGCUAUAGAGCAGGGAACAAUUGACAAAGCCGUGGUCAGAAAGUAUCAGGAAGGCCUCAUCACACUUACAGAACUUGCUGAUUCCUUGCUGAGCCGGUUGGUUCCCAAGAAAGAUUUGCACAGUCCUAUUGCAGGGUAUUGGCUGACUGCUAGUGGGGAAAGGAUCUCCGUUCUCAAAGCCUCCCGUAGAAAUUUGGUUGAUCGGAUUACUGCCCUCAGAUGCCUUGAAGCCCAAGUCAGUACAGGGGGCAUAAUUGAUCCUCUUAGUGGCAAAAAGUACCGGGUGGCCGAAGCUUUGCAUAGAGGCCUGGUUGAUGAGGGAUUUGCCCAGCAAUUGCGACAGUGUGAAUUAGUAAUCACAGGGAUUGGUCAUCCCAUCACUAACAAAAUGAUGUCAGUGGUGGAAGCUGUGAAUGCAAAUAUUAUAAAUAAGGAAAUGGGAAUCCGAUGUUUGGAAUUUCAGUACUUGACAGGAGGAUUGAUAGAGCCGCAGGUUCACUCUCGGUUGUCGAUAGAAGAGGCUCUCCAGAUAGGUAUGAUAGAUGUCCUCAUUGCCACAAAACUCAAAGAUCAAAAGUCAUAUGUCAGAAAUAUAAUAUGUCCUCAGACAAAAAGAAAGUUGACUUACAAAGAAGCCUUAGAAAAAGCUGAUUUUGAUUUCCACACAGGACUUAAACUGUUAGAAGUAUCUGAGCCCUUGAUGACAGGAAUUUCUAGCCUCUACUAUUCUUCCUAAUAGAACAUGUUUAAAUAACUGUGUGAGGGGUGAUGCUGGCUGGUUCAUGCCACUUUUUCAGAGUAUGAUGGUGUCGGCUACAUAGGCAGUGUGUGAAUUGUGUAACAUAUGCUAUUUCUUGAGGGCCGCAAAUCUCUGAGUGUUCAAAAUAGAGUAAGUUUUAAAUGGAAAAUUACAAAUGAUGUAAUGCCCUUCAAAUGGUUUCCUUUAGCCUUGAGAAUGGGUUUUGAAACUUGCCCACAAUAGAAUUUUUGGCAUAGAAUAUGGGAUAAACUUGAUGAACUCCAAGUUUAUAGCAUCAUUUCUUCAGAACUCCCCUUCACUGAAUAGAUUUAAACUCGUGUUAGUUCCCAUUUAUUAAGUGCGAACAUGCACUCACUGAAAGAGCACAUCAUGAAGCGUCGUGGAAUCAAAGAGAAAGGUGUAAAUUCCUUCCCACAUCCUUCAAGCUGCAGUGUUUCAGAUUGCUUCAAAAAAUGAAAAAGUUUUGCCUUUUUCUGAAUAUACUGACCUUCUUUGCAUAUUAAAAUGUUUACCAGAAUCUCUCAUUUCUAGUUAAGUCUUUGUACUUGAAAACUAACAUGAAUAUGUUAUGUGUUAGAGAAGGAUAAGGAUUUUUCUUCAUUCUGUGUAUUUUCCUUAUGUGUAUAGUAGACGUUCUCUAUUCUGUCAGCUUUCUGUUAUCUGAUACCUUUCUGUCAGGACAAUUAUGAUUGUAAUGCUAAUGCAAAGGCAGCAAUUCAAAGAUCUUCUAGUGCCUCAUGAAUAAAGUUGAGAUUUAAAAUUUGUGACAUUGAUGGAACAGCUGGGAGGGUAGACCAUUCUUAAGGAAUAUGUGCCAUAACUUUCUUUGCUACCAUAAGCAUUUUGGAGGUGCAUCUGCUAUGUGACAUGGUAAAUAUGGUUAAGUGAAUGAAUAAAAUGUUUUAGUAACC